AUGGCUAUCGACAUUGAGGAGCUCAUUCUGGCUCCUCUCCGCGAAGUAGUAGAAAGGGGGGAGGAAUCUGCAAAGAAUGCACACGAUGCACAGGAUGAGGAUCCAGAAACAUCCCGGGAGAUGGCCAAGUCAGCCAGCACCAUCGCGAAAGAAGGCCAACGGGCAUUGAAGCGAUUACGACCUUUGUGGAAUAGCCAGUUCGAAAAGCAUGGAGAUGUCUUCAAAGAGACCAUCGCCGAAAAUGAUGAUCUGGCGGAGAAACGAAGAACACUUGAAGAACUGCUUUACGACUUUGAGGAUUACAUAGAGUUGGACACUUUCGACUCGACCAAGUUUACCGAUAUUCAGACGGCGACACGAAGCUUUGCUCUAGUGGUACUGGACGCUAUUCAGAGGGUGAAAAUCGACGUCAAAACUCCGACCACGCCGGUGCACAAGUUUCCGCCAUUGCCGCCUCUACCACCAUUACCACCCCAGCUGGCUCAGUCACUCAGCGCCAGCCCGCAAAUUCGGCCGGGACCGCCUUUGCGAGGUGGAAGCCAUGGAACCGCCAAUAUUCCUUCAUUUCCUGCCGUACCGCGGCAACCCAAGCCGUCAGUGAGCCGUAGUCGCACGAGAGGCUCACAUGGCUCGUCUGAUAGUGCGACGGUGAGGCGGGCUCACUCCAUAGCCGAGUCAACAGAUUCAGAUCCUCCAUCAUCUGGUGGAUUUUCGGGAGCUAAUUCCUCCAGUAAAGGGGAAAGACGACCGUUGUCCCCAGGUGUUCUCAGCGAUGGGAUGGGCCAGCUGAGGAUUGUCACUUCACCAGAACCCUUACAGCCACGGACAUCAGAUUGGGUUGAAGAGCAGACCUCUGUUCCAAAAGCCAGGCGACCUUUCCGUGGAAGCAUCCCCGAGAAUUCUGCCGUGGAUGAUGAUGCAUUUAGCGAUGGUACAUUCGUAUCCCGGAUCCAUCGAAGAGGCUUCGACACCGUGACGCCGCAAAGCUCGGUAUUUGAUCCAACAAGCCCUUCAACUACAAAUAGAACGUCGAUAUACUCCGAUGUCCCAACUUACUCUUCCAACGUAACUUCACCUGAGCUUCCAAUCAUCGAUGUGCGGAUGUCACCUAGCGCAGGAACAAAAUCUGAUCCAGCCCUUUCCGUCGAUUUCCCAUCUUCCGGACUCUUUACAGAUGGACUGAUGCUGGCUGAUGAGCAAGCAGCCUCAGAAACUAGUACGCAACACUUGAGAUCCAUCUCAACAAUGGAAAAGGAAGAAGGAUGUUUGAUAGGGCCAAAGAGCUCUUUUCAUCAACUCAAGGGAUUCUGUGACGGCGCACAAACAUUUCGCCGUGGAGGAUAUUGGCACGGCAUCAAGCAGACCAUGACGUGGGGCGAACCACUUCCAAUCGGCCGGUGCAUGGAUUGCGAGUAUCAUCAUUUGAACAGAUCACUAACUCUAGAUAAAGAGGGUGACUCCCGAGCAAACUUUCUGAAGUAUGGCAUACUCUACCGUGUGCGCUUGCUGGUCAAAUCUCACAUCACGGUGAAAACAACAGCGGAAAUCCGAUACGCGUGUCUCUUCUGCACCCAUAUCGGACGCACUGUUCACGAGGGGGAUGCAACCGUCUUCCAGAGCGCAGAUCAGCUCCUCCAACAUCUCUCUCGCCAUCCACAGCCUCUCCCUGAAGUUCCUGGCGUUACUGUCUUGUAUGGUCAAGUCGGCAAGGACCAUCAUCAAAUCGAGGAUUAUGAUGUCCAUUUCCCAUCGCCUCCAGCUCCAAGUUCAUUCCCCGAUAAUGAUAUUCUCACCCAGUUUCCCGUCGCCACGGCUUUGAAGAGCCACGUUCAGCGGAGAGGCGAGAACCUGCUGGGCCCUGACGGUAGCUCAAAUGUGCUCACAUUCUUCGUUGGCGCAAAGAUUGUCGGUGUUGAGUUUCCGGAGCAAUGGGGCGGCAAGUGGUGCACCGGAUGGCACGACGGCAUUCAAGGACCCUUUCCAGCCAAAUACGUUGAGAUUGAGAGUCCAAAACAGAAUGAGAUUUCGUUCCAAGCUACCAGCGCGGUAUCGAUCACCACGAGAUGGAGAUGGGACCCUUCCGAUAACUCGAGAGCAGGCUGGCUGACGUUUGGGAAGGAAGAGGUGAUCAGAAACGUUGGGUGGCUUUACCAGGAUCAUUGGUGCUGGUCUGGAACGAACAGCAAAGGGAAGUUUGGCAUCUUCCCUCAGUCACACAUCAGCCCUCAGUCUCUAAAAGAGGGCUAUUUACCGCCAACAUUGAAGCGAACACAACCCAGCGGACCCAUGAGGUUGUUCAGUCGAAGAAGAAAAAGUACUAGUACAGCCUCCUCUAUGAGUGGAGAUGCUUAG